CGCUAGGGCAAGUUAGGAGGAGGCAGGUCGUUCGCUCUUAGAGACGCGGCGAGAGGCCCUUCGCGUUAGCUUAAACGUGAGGCGUACCUUCAAGGUACAGGUGGCACUGUCCAAGGUGGGCACAUUCCGGUUCAAGGCAUUGGCCAUCACAGCUGGAACGGACUGGGCGGCUCCUGGAAGGCUCUCCGUGCUGGUGUUCUACCCACGACCCUCCAUUCGGAGCCAUGCUGAAAUUCCAGGAGGCUACCAAGGGUGCAAGUGGACCGGCGGCCGCUUGCGCUGACCCAGAGACCUUGGUUGCGAGAAGAUACGUGCUCCGGCAGAAACUCGGCAGUGGGAGUUUCGGAACUGUCUAUCUGGUUUCAGACAAGAAAGCCAAGCGAGGAGAGGCGCUGAAGGUACUGAAGGAAAUUCCCAUUGGAGCACUAAAUCCCAACGAGACGGUGCAGGCCAACAUGGAAGCCCAGCUCCUCUCCAGGCUCGACCACCCAGCCAUCGUCAAGUUCCACACGAGCUUUGUGGAGCAAGACAGUUUCUGCAUCGUCACCGAGUACUGUGAGGGCCGAGAUUUGGACUGCAAAAUUCAGGAAUAUAAAGAAGCUGGGAAAGUCUUCCCGGAAAAUCAGAUAAUGGAGUGGUUUGCCCAGCUGCUGCUGGGGGUCGCCUACAUGCAUGAGAGGAGGAUACUUCAUCGAGACUUAAAAUCAAAGAAUAUAUUUCUGAAAAAUAACCUGCUUAAAAUUGGGGAUUUUGGAGUUUCGCGACUCCUGAUGGGACCCUGUGACCUGGCCACCACGCUCACCGGCACGCCCCACUACCUGAGUCCCGAGGCCCUGAAGCACCAAGGCUACGACACCAAGUCAGACAUCUGGUCACUGGCAUGCGUUCUGUUCGAGAUGUGCUGCUUGACUCAAGCGUUCACUGGGUCCAGUUUCUUGUCCAUUGUUUUAAAAAUCAUGGAGGGUGACACGCCGUCUCUCCCGGAGCGGUACCCGCGAGAACUGAACGCCAUCAUGGAGAGGUAUAGAGACGUGCAGCAGGGGGCGCAGUGCUCCGGGCGCACUGGAAAGCCGGCUCCCUCUGACCCUUGCAGCAUGCUCAACAAGAGUCCUUCCCUGAGGCCGUCUGCCACGGAAAUUUUAAAGGUCCCUUACAUCAACGCACAACUACAGCACCUGAUGUGCAGAUACUCAGAGAUGAGUCUGGAAGACAGGACUUGCGGUUGUCAGAAGGAGGCCGUGCAUAUCGUUAAUGCCAUGCAAAGAAAGGCCCACUUGCAGACUCUGCGGGCACUGUCUGAAGUGCAGAAGAUGACGCCCAGGGAGAGGAUGAGGCUGAGAAAGCUCCAGGCGGCCGAUGGCACAGCCAGGAGGCUGAAAAAGAUUGUAGAAGAAAAAUAUGAAGAAAAUAACAAGCGGAUGCAAGAAUUGAGGUCGCAGAACUUCCAGCAGGUGAAUGUUGACGUGCUCCAUGAACCCCCUCCAGAGAACCUGCCGGAGCCUCAGCCUGUCCCUCCCGCAGACCUCAGCCAACUUGAGUCCAGCGUGGGAGACCCUGCAGCCGACCCUGGCCGUGACGGUAGGGGAGAGAUCCCAGAAGACCCUCUUGUGGCUGAAGCGUAUUAUGCCGAUACCUUUGACUCCUGCUCUGAAGAGAGUGAGGGGCAGGAAGAGGAAGCCGCCAGGACGGAGGGACCCCCGCCUGCCCCCGGAACCCACCAGCAGGACAGCGAUAUUGCAGCCUUGGUUAGGUGUUUGGAAGAUGCCCUGAGUUGCACCUCUCUAGGGGCCUUAUACGAGAGCACCGAGGACGUCCCGCAGAACUCUCCCCGUUUCUCGUCUCAUGCUCGUUUCUCCUUGUGAAGUCCGAGAGCACCUCAUUCAUUGCCAGCAGGCCUCUUCCGCUGCCUCUCCUACUAAAGACCGAUUGCAGUGAGGACGGCCGCCGCAGGGGCUGGAAGCUGUGAAGAACCAGCUUUCCCUAGAGCUGGGGGGCGGGCCCUGCCGACGCCUGGAUUCUGGCCCGGUAACAUUACUUUCAAUGCCCUUUUUGUCACACCACGACCCCGUGCUGUCGUCCCUGUACUGUGCACCAUCUCACAUGUGAGAGGGAGACGGGGCGCUCUUGCCUGGGACGGCGUAAUGCUCGCACCAGCCCUCGGUCCCAGCCCUGCUCAUCUGAGCACCUGGGCCCUCGCCUGCCCUUCCUCUCCUGCGUGUCGGCGUUGUCUUCCCAGGGGAGCUCGAGGCCCCAGACUGUCUUACGGCAGACCCUAGAAUGUUCGACCUGAAUGAGGUCCUUGGCCCGAGGACACCUUUAAAUGUAAGACGAGGGAACGGAGGCCCAGGGAGGGGCCCGAG